AUGGGCGAAGGCAACAGCGAAGCAGGCAGACGACCGCAUCUUGCCCACAGCCAUGCACACGAAGGUGAAAUACCGGGAACGGUUGAUCUGAGUGCGGCAGAGGGGGAUGACACGGCGUAUGGACAAGCUUUAUACCCUGUCCCUGCUGAGGACCCAAAUGAUCCACUUCAAUGGCCAGGCUGGAAGAAAAAUAUCAUUUUAAUCAUCGUCUCUAUCUACUCUUUUCUCGGCAAUAGCUCCCUUACUGGGCCCUCGGUCUAUAUCAGCAUAUACAGUGAGGAAUUUGGGAUUUCACCAGCCGAGGCAUCGGGUUUGAUUUCGUAUCCGAAUUUGGCUUUUGGAUUUGGCUCGCUUCUUCUAGUGCCUUUGUAUUUGAAAAUUGGACGAAGACCAGUUACACUGCUGUCUAUGGUCAUGUUCCUUGCUGGGUUGAUUGGGGCUUCUCGUGCCACUAGUUAUAGUGGGUUGAUGAUUGCUCGCAUCUUCCAUGGAUUCGGGAGUGGAGUCUGUGAAAGCUUACCGGUACAGGUCGUGAACGAUAUCUUCUAUCUUCAUGAGCGUGGAAAAAGAAUCGGAUAUUAUACUAUCUGCCUUUGUCUCGGGUCGACUGGUCCUCUUUACGCUGGCUAUAUGCUGGCUGGUGGCUAUUCAUGGCGAUUGUUCUUUUACGUCGAAGCUGCUUUUGCUGGCGCAUUAUUGAUCAUGGCAUGCUUGUUCGUCGAGGAAUCUACUUAUCAUCGCCCCCAGCCAACACCUCACAAUCUCUCAACUGAUUCUCUUCAUGCCAAAGAGAUCGCGAGUGAGAAAUCACAGCAGCCUGUCCAAUUGGAGACUCUAUCUUCAAUGCCAGUACCACAACGAAAAUCAUUCUUGGAAACAUUAAAACCCUGGGGUGGAAUCGAUCAUGAACCGGAGUUCUUCAUGACAAUCUUGCGUUCGUUUACUUAUUUCUGCGUGCCCGUUGUGUUUUGGGUCAUCGCCACAUACGGUCUAUAUAUUGGACUGGGCGCCCUCGCAUUCAACUAUACCUUUCCGAUCAAAAUAACAGCACCUCCAUAUAACUGGAGCGAGACAAAUUCCGGCCUCAUCGCGGUCGCAAGCUUCAUUGGCUACUUCCUUGCUCUCCCUCUUACAUCGACCUCGGAUCGACUAGCUGCAUAUCGCACGAAGCGCAACAACGGCAUUCGCGAGGCCGAAAUGCGACUCCCAGCUCUCUUUCCGGUUCUCCUUCUGCCACCAGCUGGUCUCUUAGUCUACGGUUUCACAGCCCAACGCGACCUUCACUGGACUGGAUAUUUCGCUGGUGUUGCGAUGAAUCAGUUUGGAUCAUACUUCUAUUUCACGUUCACGCUUGCCUAUGCAGUCGACUCGUAUUAUGCUAACACAUCAGAAAUGCUGAUCGCAAUGAAUCUGGGCAAGCAGGCUAUUUCAUUUGGCAUGGGAUCCUAUCUGCUUGAUUGGAUCUUAUCGAGGGGUUACGCUGUCGUGAUAUCGGGGAUAUUUGGCGGGGUUCUCCUUGUCAAUAACCUCAUGGUUAUCGUGUUUCUCGUUUGGGGUAAGCGGAUUCGCAGAUGGACAGCACUAUCCUGGCUAGGAAGGCUACACAACAGGACCGCAACGAGGAACAUGACUCAGUAA